AUGGCGAUUUCAAGAAAGAUUAUUGGUGCUGCUCCGGUGAUAAUCCUGGUGGUGAUAAUGGCGUUCUUGGCCGUCUCAGGGGCGGCAAGCAGGAGGCUGGGCGGCGACGACGUCUGGACGCCAGCCCGGGACUCUGCUGUCUCCGGUGACGACGACGGUGUGGCGGUUCAGUUCCUCCGGCAAAUCUACCUGCAGAAGCUUGGUGCGGGGCCCUCGUGCGGCACCAACAGCUCAAAUGGUGGGUGCCCACGGCGCCCAUGA